AUCUGGUGGAAAAUAUAAACAAUUUAAAUUUUGAAGCCAGAUUUUUGGAAUGAAGGCAUAUAUUAUAAUAUCAUAUAAUUCAUGAAUUUAUGCUUUAAUGGCACUGGGAAUCAAAUGUUGCUGUUUUAAUGGGGAAAUGUUUGUCCUGAAGGUCCCGAGUGCAACUAUUUUGUGUACUCAGUGUAUUGUAGGAAAUGAGGUUGAAAUAUCAAAAUUCAACCAAAAAUACACACCUUUGGCAAAAUUUAUGCCGCUGGCAUUAACAGCCAAAUGAUUGAAAAAAAUAAAUAAAAAUGUCCUGAAGAUUGCACAAGGGUUCAAAUAGUUUAAACCAAACUUAUGCAUGUUGUUCAUUUCCAAGUGGUUACAUUGUCUCUUUGUGUCUUCAUCCUGCAGGUUUUUGAUGAAAUUGAGUCAUGAAACAGUGACUAUUGAACUGAAGAAUGGCACACAGGUCCACGGCACGAUUACUGGUGUGGACGUCAGUAUGAACACUCACCUCAAAGCUGUGAAGAUGACGCUCAAAAACAGGGAGCCGACUCAACUUGAGUCCCUCAGUAUCCGUGGCAACAACAUCCGCUAUUACAUCCUGCCCGACAGUCUUCCUCUGGACACACUGCUGGUUGACAUCGAACCCAAGGUCAAGUCAAAGAAGAGAGAGGCUGUGGCUGCACGUGGCCGAGGAAGAGGGCGGGGUCGUGGCCGAGGAAGUGGGCGUGGCCGGGGAGGGCCUAGGAGAUGA